CUGUAGAUUGGAAACCGUUACGGGCCUGAUUCCAUCGAUAUGGAUGUCUCAAGUUGAAGGAGGAUCUUUCCUCCCAUUCCUUGUUGCUGUUGUUGCCCCUUUGUUCGUCGCGGCUGUUGGCUUCAUCCUUCUCCGUCGUCACAAACAGCAAAAGCAGCAGCUCGAUCUUUCAAACGAUGAGGAAACGGUAGAGGAUGGCUACUGGAUACUGUUCUUCUCUAGUGGAGGGAAGUUUUCAUGGCCGUUUAACGUUCAACAGCCAUUGAGCAUUGUACGCAUCACAGCAUGAUUUGCUUGGGAAAGAGAUUACAACUCUUAUGGACGAACCACACCACAAUGUUGUUUGCUACUUUUGCAUCAUGUUUGAUUUAUAUUCAAUUACCAUCAUAAUGCAUCAGGCUACUUGUAGCUUGGAACACUUAAUCAGUGAUAAAAAUCAAUCCAUUUU